CCGAGAAUGUUUGCUCUACUCUAAACAAGCUAUGUAUGUGGGAGAAGAAGCUCUACGAUGAAGUCAAGGGCGAGGAGAAAUUGCGCAUAAUCCAUCAGAACAAGUGUAGGCAGUUGAGGCGCAUCAGUAAAACGGGUGCUGAUGCUCACAAGAUUGAUUCCCUGGAGACCAUGAUUGCUCUUCUAGCUACCAAAAUGAAAAUAUCUUUCCAAGUAGUUGACAACAUAUCUAACACCAUAUGCGACUUGAGGGAGCACCAGUUAUGGCCGCACAUCAGCACCUUCCUCUUUAGGUUUCUUCGAAUGUGGAAAGACAUGCUAGAAUGUUACAAACGACAGUGUAGGCAGAUUGCUGAAGCCAGGAGUUUAGAUACCUCCUUCAACGAAAAGCUCAGUAAUUCUCAUCUCUAUGCAGCAAUAAAACUCAAAUCUGAGAUUAAGAACUGGACUCUAAGCUUCUCAGAUUGGAUAUACGCCCAAAAGUCGCAUGUCAAAGCCUUGAAUGGCUGGCUAGUAAGAUGCCUGAUGCAUGAUCUUGAAGAAACAACAGCAGUACCACCCUUUUCCUCUGGUGGGAUUGGUGCACCGCCUCUGUUUGUUAUCUGCAGCAAAUGGUCACGGGCAAUGGAUGAUCUAUCGGAGAAGGAAAUGGUGGAAGCCGUCAACAGAUUCAUCCUCAGAGUGAAUGAGAUCUUGGAUAAGCAUAUCUCAGACCCUCGUCAAAAAGCAACAUUGGACAAGGAACUGGAGAGACAAGUGAAAAUCUUGGAGAGGCAGGAGCAAAAGAUGCACAAAGUGAUUCAGUCUCGGGAGAUAAAGAUGGGUAGAGGGGAUGCUGUGCAUCGUGGUGAACUUCUUGCUGCUAUGAGCUUGCAGUCAGGUCUCCAACAUAUUUUUGCUGCAAUGGAGAGGUUCACUGCCUCCGCCACUCGUGCAUAUGAACAAUUGUGCCAGCAAAUUGAGCCAGACAACCAUCUUUCGGGAGAUCUCAACAACAUUCAUUAGUUUUCUUUCGCUUUAUUCAUAUUGCACCAUUCGUUGAUUCUUGUCGCAUUGCAUCCAAGGUUUUAUAUGUCAUAUAUGUUAACCUUCGA